AUGCAGGAAAGCAGGACCGUGUCACCUUUAGGACCGGUCGUCCUGCAACGAGAGGAAGCCGAUAUGCGUGCCGGUCUAUCGCUGCCGCCGCAGGAAAGGAGACCUGUAUUGCUCGUACGCACCGGUGAAUCAUUUGCGAGAUACGACAACGUACGGCAACAACAGUCGCCGUCGAGUCCACCGAUUCUACGAUCCGUCACUGCCGUCGAGAAAGAUCAGUACCAUGAAACAGAUUUGCACAUCAGGGAGAAAAGGUCCAACGACGAAGAGGAGGAAGAGCAGGAUGAGGAGGAAGAGGAUGAGGCUGAAGACGAGCGAAACACAUCGAGCAGAAGGAAUGUUGUUGUUGACGAAGAAGACGACGAGGAACAGGAAGAAGAGGAAGAGGAAGAGAGCCAACCCGAAGGACAUCGAAACGGCGGCUACCACGAGGACGGAGACAUCGAAGUCGACGUAUGCCGGGAGGAUGCUGACGAGAGUAAUCCAAGCAGCCCGGUGGAUCUCACGGCACCCUCGUCGAGGGGUGUCGCAUCCGAGCAAUUUGUUCAUCCGUUCGCCAACCGCGUACAUUCUUUUACCUGUGUACAAAGUAGUGGCCACGGGCCCGCCGGUCACGGGACACCAGUGUAUAUAUCCGGACACGGCGCUACCGGCUCGGCCGUCAUGACGGUCACGGUACAGACCAACAACAAGCGGUGCCUCGCAUUCUCCGUCGAGAAUAUCCUCGAUCCAAACAAAUUUACUGGUGGCCGUGUCGUCCACAAUCGUGUGCAGCAUCGUCGACAUCGGCGCGCCGGCAGCGUACACGAAGACGGCGACUCGCGAGGCGAAUUCGCCUGCGGCAGCGGCCAAGAAGAUGAGGAAGGUACACCGGAUACCAUCAUGGAGGAAAUGGAAGAAGACGCCGAGGAAGAAGAAGAGGACGAGGAGAUUGAAAUGCGAGUCGUGGAUCAAGAUUCUGGGAGCGUCGGACGAGAAAAUACAACCAGCGGCGGCACCAACACGACCACGUCGAACUGCAAGAAACGACAAUCCUCGUCGUCGUCGUCUACAUCGUCGAGCAGCAUUCAGGUCCAAAAUUGUCAGGGUCAAAACGGACAAAACGGCAGUAGCGGCGGCGGCGGCAACGACAGCGGCGGUGGUGGCGGCGGCGGCGGAGGUGGCGGAAGUAAUAGUAAUACCAGUGGCAAACCCAGAAGAGCGCGGACAGCCUUCACAUAUGAACAGUUGGUCAGGCUAGAGAACAAGUUCAAGACGACCAGAUACCUGUCCGUGUGCGAGCGUCUGAAUCUGGCGCUUGAGCUGCAGCUGACUGAGACCCAGGUGAAGAUCUGGUUCCAGAACCGGCGAACCAAAUGGAAGAAGCAAAACCCUGGUCUAGACGUAAACAGCCCUACCGUGCCGACGACGCCACCGCAUCCGUCGCCGUACGCACCCGCCUUCCUCUUCGCCGCGCAUCCUCAUCAGCACCCAUUGCCACACUCGCAUACGCAUCCACAUCCGCAUGCUCAUGUACACCACCCGCCGCCAGUGCCGCCGCCGCCGCCCGGAUAUUACCACCCAGCGGCCCCACCUUACCCGCCGACCGGACCGACCUUCUUCGGCCAUCAUCUGUCGGCGACUCCUGCUGCGACUGCGUCAGGGCCGCCGCCGACCUCUACGCCUUCCUCCACCGGCCUGGCUCUUUCGUCUCAUCCGCAUCCGCACACGCAUCCGCACGCAUAGCGAAAUCGGCAAUG